UUUGUCAAAAACUUCGUCAAAGAUUUACAGAAAAGAAAUAAGAUCCACACUCUUACUGAGUAAGAAACAACAUGUGCCACGUGGCAUGGGUCCCCCGACUCUGUUUAAGACACGAAGGUGAAAUGACAGACACCUCUCCCAACUUUCUCUUUUUUCUACUUUUUUUUUUCUUUUUUUUUUUUUUUUUUCUUUCUCACUUCCCAAACACACUUUAUGUUUUUGAUUUCUCAAUUGAAGCUCGUUUAAAGUUUUCGAAUAAAACACUUUAAUGGAAGCCCAAACUCAAAUUUAGAACCAAACAAACAAACAAAAAAGAAAGCGAAACAAAAAAAAAAAAAAAACCGCAAUGAAUAAAUCAGCGUCGAAGAACUCCGAGUCGUCGGCACACUCGCGCCACUCGUCGCUAUCACCUCAUAACUACCACUCACCUCUCCGAUCCGAAGCCGGUGAUCCUCACGAAGCGACGCCAUAUGCCUCGCCGGAGAACUCGCCUCAGAAAACGGUGGACAACUCCAGAGCCAUCGUCACCACAAACGCCACCAACACCGAGAAGUACACUCAGUACUCGCCUCUCCGACCUAACAUGCAAGACAACAACAACAACAACAACAACAACAGCAACAACUACAAUAACUACCGGAAAACCGUGGAGAACGCAAGCGCGAUGCCGGAGAAAUCGCCGUCGCCGGUGGUGGUGCUCAACCGGUCGACGUCGAUGGAAUUGCCGUCGUCGGUCACGAAGGUGGGUCCUGCCACUAGUGUUAUUGGCGGUGGGGACGGUGGUGGUGGUGGAGGGAGAUCGAGGUAUCAGCAGGGAAGGAGGCCGCAGAAUGAGGAUGUGAUGAAGAGUGCCGCUUUAGGGUUUAGGGUUAGCGAGUUCGUUCUCUGCUUGAUUUCUUUCUCGGUUAUGGCCGCUGAUAAGACUCAGGGCUGGAGCGGCGACUCUUUUGACCGCUACAAGGAAUACAGGUAUUGUUUGUCUGUGAAUGUUAUCGCAUGUGUAUAUUCGGCAUUUCAAGCUUAUGAUCUAGUCUACCAUCUUGUCUAUGGGAAACAUUUGAUUCGCCAUCACCUCCGGCAUCAUUUUGAGUUUUCAUUGGACCAGGCUGCACAAAAGGGGUUUGGGGGUGUAUUGGAGGAGGAAACCGAGUCAGUGAUUGCACCAUGCUUCAGUUUUACAUCUGCUUGUGUAAUCUGGUUUAAAACUGUUUAUUUAAUUUAUUUAUUUUUGCUCAAGUUAAAAUUAUUUGUUAAUAGAUGCCAUGUAUUCAUUUAUGGGUUUGAAUCUAGAUUAAUAACCUGUGACCUUGUUGGAACUUUAGCUCGGCAUUUGAUACCAAUAAGAGAACAUUGUUGUCUGAUUGAUAUAUGUAGCUAAGCUUACCUUGGUCAUUGGCUCUUUAAGUUUGUUGGCUUUUAUUUUGGUCAAUCAUGUUGCUAAGUUAAUUUGGCUGUCCAUGUUAAGCUUUGUUCAUAGAGCCCUUUGGCAGUUGGACACCCAUAAUAUUUUUCUCAUGCCCAAAGUAUAAAAUGUGUCUGAUUGAUCCGCGCUACCCACCAGCCACCACCGAUAAACAAUUCUAAAUCCUCUUAGGUUGCAUGCUUGCAUGGUUUCUGAAGGUUAUUAACCCCCUUCUUUGCCAAUUUCGAUUAUGUGUUUCCAUACUGAUUUGUAAUGGUAAUGGUCACUU